CGUUGGUUACUUGUUCAAAUCGCCUCCGAUCUCCUUCAAAAGGUGAAUUGCAGCUCAUUUGAUCCUUCAAUGGUGGACUCCCCAAUUUCCCAAUGUCUCUAAGCUUUAACCUCCUCAAAGCCACUCUCUCCCUUUCCCUCUCCCCUUCCAUUUCCUUCUCUUCAAAAUGUAGUUUCUCUUCUUCCGUUUUUUCCCCUCGCCCCAUCUUCUCCAGGGUCUCUCGGAGCUCCCUCUCCACCAAGACCGCCAUGGGUUCUGCUCCUGAUGCAGCCAUGGAUGCCGUCCAGAGACGUCUUAUGUUCGAUGACGAAUGCAUUUUGGUGGAUGAAAGUGAUAACAUUGUUGGUCAUGAUUCUAAAUAUAAUUGUCACCUGAUGGAUAAUAUUGAGUUAAAUAAAGCGCUCCAUAGAGCUUUCAGUGUCUUCUUAUUUAACAAUAAAUUUGAGUUGCUUCUUCAGCAACGUUCUGCAACAAAGGUAACAUUUCCUCUUGUUUGGACGAACACCUGCUGCAGCCAUCCGUUGUACAGAGAAUCAGAGCUGAUUGAGGACAAUGCACUUGGAGUAAGGAAUGCCGCACAGAGAAAGCUUUUUGAUGAACUUGGCAUUGUUGCGGAAGAUGUACCGGUCGAUCAAUUCACUUCCAUUGGACGCAUUCUCUAUAAGGCCCCAUCAGAUGGAAGAUGGGGAGAGCAUGAGCUUGAUUACCUCCUGUUCAUAGUUCGGAAUGUCAAUGUGAAUCCGAACCCCAACGAAGUGGCAGAUGUCAGAUAUGUGAACCAGGAACAGUUGAAAGAAUUGGUGAGGAAAGCAGAUGCUGGAGAGGAUGGACUGAAGCUUUCACCAUGGUUCAAACUAGUUGUGAACAACUUCUUAUUCAAGUGGUGGGACCAUCUUGAGAAAGGAACUAUCAAUGAAAUUGUUGACAUGAAAACCAUUCACAAGCUUACCUGAAACCCGGAUAAAGAGGCGUUACAGUUUGUGAAUCGAACACUCAUAUUUUGUAGGACAUUUUGUGUGAUGAUUAUUGUUUAGAAACGGAGAUGAGUGUAAUAAUUAGGGCAUCAACACAUGUAAUAAAAUUCUUUUACCAAAAAUGUUUGAAAUACUAAUACAUAGUUUGAUCAAACAUUUGCCAGUAAAAAAUAUGAGGUAACACAGUUUUCUUA